AGCUCAGAGCAUUUUUUAUGCUCUGUUCAAAACAUCCAGGUUCUUUAUUCUUCGGAUCCAGUCUAAGAUGUGCAGCAGCACAGAAAAUCACAUCAAUUGAAGGCUUUGGAAGAACUGGACGUUUGGUUGCUAGAGUUAUCUUGCAGAGGGAUGAUGUAGAACUUGUUGCUAUUAAUGAUCCAUUUAUCACCACUGAUUACAUGACAUAUAUGUUCAAGUAUGAUACUAUCCAUGGACAAUGGAAACAUCAUGAAACACCAGUCAAAGUCUUUAGACUUGGGUACGGUGUUUCCUAA